AUGACAGGCCGGGAGUCCAAUCGCAUCAAGGAUGCAGAAAAGAAGCGCGUUCUGGAUGUGGCCGCCCGGCAGCGACGCGCCCGCAAGGCUCUGGAGGCCUUGGAGCAGGAUAACUUCCACGACGACCCCCAUGCCGACCUGGUCAUGUCCAAAAAGCUGCCCAAGUUCCAGGACGGCCCAAAUGGCAAGGAGAAGAAGACCAAGCGCAAAGGCGCCGAAUACUUCCGGGCCAAGUAUCGCAAGAACUUCCAGCAGCUGCUCGAGGAGGACAAGCAGCGUCCCAACUACGAAAGCGCCUCGGCUCCGCCGCCCCAGAAGCCGCUGCGCCACUUUUGCGCCGUCUGCGGUAAUUUCUCUCUGUAUUCCUGCACCGCCUGCGGGACGCGCUACUGCCGGGUGCGCUGCCUCAAGACGCACCAGGACACGCGCUGCCUCAAGUGGACCGCCUGAAAUGGUUGUAGUUUAAACAUAAACAAUAAAUCAAAUCUAGAAUUAA